GGACGCUCGGAAGUUCUCUCUGGGUCCGGCGGCCUCAGUGUCGGCAGCUACAGUCCCGAGGCUCCCCAUUCCCACUCAGAGCAUGGAACCGGCGCGGAGCCGAGAAAGUGGGCUGUGCUCCCACACUUUCCUCACCGCGGAGACCGCCGAAGCAUAGUGACGGAGCCUAGCGUGAGGGGACCCAGAGGAGGCACGGUACCAUUCCUGCCUCCCGUGGCCGCCCCUUUCCCGCAGAAGCCCACCCCAGGACAGCCUGCACCCGACCGCCGCCCCCAGACCGCUCUCACCUCCACAUACAGCACACCCUGCUCCGUCUGAUCCGCAGCGAUCCCUCACAGUCACCGCCAAACCCUACACUGAGGGACGCUACACUCUCAGCGCGGCCCGGCCGCUCCCGCCGCCCCAUUGGCUGGUGGUCACGUGCUCCCCUGUCUCUCCGCCAAUCAGCGGCUCGAGGAGCAUUUGGGAACUUUUCGUUACUUUCAAACCGGGCCCGGGCAGGUCCCGCCCCGCGCACCCGGCCCCGCCGCGCCCCUCCCGCGAGAGCCGCGCCUUCCGGCUGAGGCGGCACCUGCCACCCUUCUACACUGUUGUCACUUCAAACGUUUAUCAGUUUUCCCUAGCAAUGCUCUAAAAGAGAAGCUACACUUCAAUCGAGGCUUGUUUCGUGAUUACCAAGGCGCGUUCUUCCGAAAAAGCAGCAGUGAUGUCAGCGUUCCUCCAUUAAAUCCCUUUUUAUGAGCCAGGAACGAGCCCCAGUGACUGCAGCCAGCAUCGCAAGGACACAGCGCUCUGUGAAAUAUUACACUGCCUCGUGUGCACUGCGCCGUGAGCUCAGCACUCACAGGCCCCGGGCACCGCAGUGGGAGCCAGGCCAGCCGUGGGCUGAGCGAAACCAGGGAGCUGCGUGCCAGCCAUGCCCUCCUCCAUUCCAGGGCUGAGCCAUGCGGAGCUUUCCCACGUGCCCCAGCUGCGUUCCGACUCAGCAGCCCACAAACACCAGUCUCUGGGUGUGCCUGGUGUUUGUUUCCUGAGUCAAAACCAAAGCACACGUGUGUACAGAUAGGCUCCGACCCACACAUCACUGAGCAUCUCAGCACACCCCACAGUACGCUGUGCUAACUGCCGGAGCAUGGGCAUCCACACAUAGGACCUUGAUUCCACCUCAUUACUUCAACGAGGCAGCACCCGGCCUGGAGCAGAGCCUGACUCUGCAAAGCUGGCUGCACCUUGCCCUUACUGCUGCAGAGAACUAGGCUGCAACCCAACGAUGGAUGCCUUUCUGGCAGAAUGUUAUUAUAAGAGAAACACAUCCAGAGCUACCAUAGCUUUAGUUGAAAAGGGUGAGCAAAGCAAUUAUACUUUCAGGUCAGAUAUUCAGCAUAUUAAUUGUAUUUUGAAGUCAGAUGUUCAACAGAAGUAAAUGGGGACAAAUUAUUAUACAACUAUUAAUAGGAAACUAAAUUAAGUAUUUAACAGAUUAUUUAAUAGCAAUUUGCAGUUGUCAUUGCUCAAGAAUGUUUACACUGGGUAAGUUACAGAAAGUAAACCACGUGCCAUCAUACUAUGUCCCCAGCAAUUCAAAAAUUCAUACACUGUUUGCAAGGGACAAAUAACGCUUUAUUCUCUGAGGAUACUGUGAGUGCACAGAUGAUAUCAAAAAUAGACCUGAACAUUUUUAAUAGUUCUCACCUUGUAAUGCUGGUAAAGCAAAGCAAAAUCUCUGAGAUUUUAGAGGAAUCUGUUUAGCCUCUUGUCUGGUUCCAAAACAGCAUAGCAGAUGCUGAGAGACAGCAGAGGCUCAGAGGUGCUGCUGUACAGAAGCAAUAAAUAUUAAGAGAAAGUUUCUAUAAUUACAGUGGAAUAAUUGCUAGAGCUGACUUGGCUAUCAAACUUACAUUAAAGGUAAAGCAUUGUUUACACAUUAAGGAAAGGGGCAAAAGCAGAGCACAGCUGUAAUGCAACGAACCUUUUUCACAGAAGUUCCCUAGGCAACCUUAGGUGUUGACAGCAUCAGUGGAGCUUGAUGUGCUGACUGUAAGAGAAGCGGCACGAUGGGCGGAACGGAGUGAAGAUACGGCAGCCAGGCUCUGUGAUACCACUGCUGGGAUGGUGAAGCUUAACCACAAUGCUUAAUAUUUCCAAAAUUUAACCCUUUGGUGCAAGAUCUUAACAGAUAUAUUUAAAUGGAGUGAAAUCAAAACACAACAUAAACAGUUGAUGAAUGACAGUGGACAACAUAGUGACAUUGGCAGUUACUCUGCAGCAGUUGUCACAACAGUUGGUUAUUGAUAAAUAUAAAGCUUGCUAGCUAAAUGGGAAGACUUUAAGGAUAUCAAAUAGAUAGUGAACACAGCAGAACACAGACCUAGUCACAGCACCCUAUUUGUGUUGCUUAUUGCUAUCUACAAUGCAUGACAUAUACAAUAAGCUGUCGUUUACUGGCCGGAACAUCCAUUAGCGGAAGUCAGAGAAGGAGGUUGGCUUUGCUGCAAAAACUGAGCAACUGAACACAGAACCACGAGCUGUAUGGCUGGAACGUGCUCUGCUCACCAGCUGCCAUCAGAAGCUACUGAUGUUUUUGAGAAUUACUGGCACUUAUAACAAGAUGCAACAUACUGGAACUCCACGUACAAACUAAGAGGAAGCAUUUAACAUCAGUGAAAGCUAAUUCUGUGUACGUAAAGAUGGUCCACAAUUCUCUGCAGUCCCUAAAACUGGAUUUGCAUAUGCUUAUGAAUGGAAGAGAUUCUCAUGACUUUAAAACCCCUUUGGAACCUUGAGCAGACAAACUGAUGAAGAGAUGAAAAGCUCGUUACCAACACCGCCUCGCUCAGCAAACCAAAAUCGAAUGCAGCACAAAAAGUGGAUUUGGAUAUGAGCACUGUCACUCUGAACUUUGCUGGUGGCUGCAACCCACUAGGUAAAAGCGGAGGUAAAACAAGGACUUAGCCAAACAUCACAAUGUCACUUACACCGCAAAGACAGCGCCAUCUGAGAAGGCCCGCACCCUGCUCUGUAGCGCUCCCCGCCUCCUGAAGAGGCUCGGUUCCCUGCGUGCUAAGAAACAAGUCCCGGCUACGGAGAUUGGCACCAUACUUCUGUCCCGAUCUUCUGAGAAAACAGCUACGCCGUGAGCAGGUGGAAAGAAUGAAAGGAAGGAGGGAUGGAAGAAUGUUGAACUGUUUUGUUUGGUUGUAUGAUGGAAGGAAACAGGACGGAGAACCUCUGUAAUAGAUCUUUUGGAUGGCUUCAGCGACAAGAGAAUGAUGUUAAACCAUGGCUCUGGAAACUUUCUAAUUGCUUUUCUGCUGCGGAGAAGACUUUGCCUUGUAGUGCGAAAACGAAAGAUUACAUGGAGAACCAGAAAGGUGUUGUAGAAUCGAAGGAUGCUUCAUCUCAUAAUGCUGGCUCUAAGUUAUUUCCAGCAGUACCGCUUCCUGAUGUUCAUCCUCUUCAGCAACAGCAAAUACAGCUUUCUCCUGGCCCGAAAGUAAGCUGCUGUGCUCAUGGCUCUGACUCUUGUACUCCACAAAUGCAUUGUGGUGUUGGUGAUGGUAGUGUGAUUCACCCUGGCACAAUAUUAGACUCAAAAAGCACUGGGACGAUUACUUGUCAAGUAGGGUCAGGAUUUGCUUUCCCUUCUGCAUCUUCACUGAAGAACCCUCCACCUAGAAGCAAUUUGGCAGGUAUUGCCAGUGAAUUCCCUGGCAUGUGCAUAGAAAACAGUGUAUCUUCCUAUCAACAUCUGCCCUGUUGUGGAAAACUUCAUUUCCAGUCCUGUCAUGGUAAUGUGCAUAAACUGCAUCAGUUCCCAGCCCUUCAGAGCUGCACACCUUCUGGCUAUUUUCCUUGUUCUGAAUUCACAAGUGGGGCUACUGGCCGCUUGGACGAGCAUAUUGCACAGUCGGAGCUAACAUCACAUGUGUGCGCCAGCCCUUUGCACCUAAGUGUGGCACCUUCAGUUUGUUUAAAGGGCUCUCACUACUGCAGUGACUGCUUGAACAAGCCAACCAGAAACAGCCUAGUUGAUGCUGCCAAAAUCUGGCCAAAUAUUCCUCCACCAAAUACGCAGACAGGACCUGUUUCUAUCCCAAUAUGUAAUGGCUGUGGAACCCAAGGAACAGGAAAUGAGAAGAGUUUGCUACUAGCGAGCAGUCUUGGCAAAUCACCACAGAAAUAUGGGUCUCCAGAAGUUGCAGUAGCAGGCCAAGUCCUGGAAAACCUCCCUCCCAUUGGAGUCUUCUGGGAUAUUGAAAACUGCUCAGUGCCCACUGGCCGUUCAGCGGUAGCAGUUGUACAGAGAAUUCGUGAGAAGUUCUUUAAAGGUCACAGAGAAGCAGAAUUCAUCUGUGUGUGUGACAUUAGUAAAGAAAAUAAAGAAGUUAUUCAGGAGCUGAACAACUGCCAGGUGACUGUUGCACACAUCAACGCUACCGCAAAGAAUGCUGCUGAUGACAAACUUAGACAGAGUCUUAGGAGGUUUGCUGAUACACACACUGCACCUGCCACUGUGGUUCUCGUGUCAACGGAUGUAAACUUUGCUUUGGAACUCAGUGACUUGAGACAUCGGCAUGGUUUUCGGAUAAUUUUGGUACAUAAAAACCAAGCCUCAGAAGCACUCUUACAUCAUGCUCAUGAACUUGUUUGUUUUGAAGAGUUUAUUUCAGACUUGCCACCAAGGUUACCACUGAAAAUGCCGGCAUGCCAUACAUUAUUGUAUGUUUACAAUCUGCCAACAAACAGAGACAGCAAAAGUGUCAGUAAUAGACUCAGACGUUUGUCAGACAACUGUGGAGGAAAGGUCCUGAGUAUUUCUGGAAGCAGUGCAAUUCUCCGCUUUUUAAAUCAAGAAAGUGCUGAACGGGCUUGGAAGCGAAUGGAAAAUGAAGAUGUUUUUGGCAACAGGAUUGUAGUCUCUUUUGCUCCCAAAAACAAAGAACUUAAUGAAACAAAAAGCUCCAACUUUGUUGGAACUGAAAAAGUGAAGUCUCCCAAAAAAGUUAACAGGAGUACAAAGCUUUGUAUCACCAACAAAGAUGGAAGUGAUCAGUCUUCUGGUACCAAAGGUUCUGCUGGGAGAGGAUUACAGAGUCAUGGAUCAGUCAUCAAACCUACAAAUGUUAAAAGCUUACAGGAGCUAUGCCGUCUUGAAUCGAAGACUAUCAGUAGAAAUACUGAAAACCAUCAGGAACAUCUACGAGAAAUUCCUUCUCAGAAUAACUCUCAUGCAGCAGCUCCUGUAUCUCUGACAACAAAAAAAAGUGGAGUUGGAGAAUCAUCCUGUAAAAGUAGUUAUAAGAAAGAGACUUCUGUUUCCAGGAGCAUGACAAAUUCCCCUGUAGACAAAAAGGAUAAAGAUGAAGCUGUAUUUCAAGUCAGCUAUCCCUCUGCUUUCAGUAAGCUGACAGCCUCAAGACAACUCAGUCCUUUAUUUGUAUCUCAGAAUUGCUGGUCAUCUCGGAGUAUGUCUCCAAACCUCUCAAAUAGAUCAUCUCCACUCACAUUUAAUGUAGUAAAUCAUACCAGUGGUACAGACUGUCCUGAUCCUUUUGCAAAUGGUGCAGAUAUUCAGAUCAGCAAUAUUGAUUACAGAUUGUCCAGAAAAGAGUUGCAGCAAACUUUACAAGAAACUUUCUCAAGACAUGGAAAGGUAAAAUGUGUUGAGCUCAGUCCUCAUACAGACUACCAGUUGAAGGCUACAGUGCAAAUGGAAAAUCUGCAAGAAGCAAUUAGUGCUGUCAACAGUCUUCACAGAUACAAAAUUGGCAGUAAAAGGAUCCAGGUCUCAUUAGCAACAGGAGCUGCUAAUAAAUCACUCUCUCUCCUUAGCUCAGAAACUGUCUCCAUUCUUCAGGAUGCACCUGCUUGUUGUCUGCCUAUGUUCAAGUUCACAGAAAUCUAUGAGAAAAAAUUUGGGCGUAAGUUGAUGGUAUCAGACCUGUACAAACUAACCGAUACUGUGGCAAUCCGUGACCAAGGAGGUGGGCGGCUGGUGUGUCUCUUACCCAGCAGCCAAGCCCGGCAAAGUCCCCUGGGAUCUUCACAGUCACAUGAUGGUUCAUCAGCAAACUGUAGUCCUAUAAUAUUUGAGGAGUUGGAAUAUCACGAGCCUGUUUGUAAGCAGCAUUGCCUGAAUAAAGACGUUAUUGAACAUGAGUUUGAUCCAGAUUCUUACAGAAUACCUUUUGCAAUCUUGUCUCUGAAGACAUUUGCUCCCCAAGUUCACAGUCUUCUGCAGACCCAUGAGGGUACUGUGCCUUUACUAAGCUUUCCUGAUUGUUAUAUGUCAGAGUUCAAUGAUCUUGAAAUGGUGCCAGAAGGUCAGGGUGGUGUUCCUUUAGAACAUUUAAUUACCUGUGUUCCUGGAGUGAAUAUUGCUACUGCUCAAAAUGGCAUUAAAGUUAUAAAGUGGAUACAUAACAAACCACCACCUCCUACCACAGAUCCAUGGCUUCUACGUUCUAAGAGCCCUGUAGGUAAUCCACAACUUAUUCAGUUCAGUAGAGAAGUGAUAGAUCUACUUAAAAGCCAGCCAUCCUGCAUCAUACCUGUCAGUAAAUUCAUCCCAACAUACCAUCAUCACUUCGCAAAACAAUGCCGUGUGUCUGACUACGGAUAUUCCAAGUUAAUGGAGUUGCUGGAAGCAGUGCCUCAUGUCCUGCAGAUUCUUGGUAUGGGUUCCAAGCGCUUGUUAACUCUAACGCACAGAGCUCAAGUGAAACGCUUCACUCAAGACUUACUGAAGCUUCUGAAAUCCCAGGCCAGUAAGCAAGUUAUUGUAAAGGAAUUCUUACAAGCUUAUCACUGGUGUUUCUCUAAGGAUUGGGAUGUUACUGAGUAUGGAGUGUGUGAACUGGCUGAUAUAAUAUCAGAAAUUCCAGAUACAACUAUCUGUUUGUCACAGCAAGAUAAUGAAAUGGUAAUUUGUAUUCCCAAGAGAGAACGUACGCAGGAGGAAAUCGAAAGAACCAAACAAUUUUCUAAAGAGGUGGUGGACUUACUGCGCCAUCAGCCCCAUUUCCGAAUGCCCUUCAGUAAAUUUAUUCCUUCUUACCACCACCAUUUUGGUCGUCAGUGCAAACUUGCUUACUAUGGUUUUACAAAACUACUUGAACUCUUUGAAGCCAUACCAGAGGUGUUGCAAGUAUUGGAAUGUGGGGAAGAGAAAAUUCUCACGCUCACAGAGGUGGAACAAGUUAAAGCAGUAGCUGCCCAGUUUGUUAAACUGCUGCGGUCUCAAAAAGACAACUGCCUAAUGAUGUCUGAUUUACUGUCAGAGUACAGUAAAACGUUUGGAUAUACGCUGCGUCUUCAUGACUAUGAUGUUAGCUCAGUUCCAGCUUUAAUGCAAAAACUUUGUCAUGUUGUAAAGGUGGUUGACACAGAGUCUGGCAAGCAAAUUCAGCUGAUUAAUAGAAAAUCUUUGCGGACUCUCACUGCCCAGUUACUCGUCUUGUUGAUGUCUUGGGAUGGAGCAUCCUUUCUUUCUGUUGAACAACUUAAACAGCACUAUGAAACAAUCCAUAGUACUUCUCUUAAUCCAUGCGAAUAUGGAUUUAUGACCUUAACUGAGCUCCUGAAGAGUCUCCCGUACUUGGUUGAGGUUUUUACCAAUGGUGCAGAGGAAGAAUAUGUGAGACUUACAAAUCUAUACAUGUUUGCAAAGAAUGUGAGGUCCUUACUUCACACUUACCAUUAUCAGCAGAUUUUUCUUCAUGAGUUUCUGGUUGCAUAUAGCAAGUACACAGGAGAGGUGCUGCAGCCCAAAGCAUAUGGAUGCAAUAACUUAGAAGAGCUCUUGGGAGCAAUUCCACAGGUGGUCUGGAUUAAAGGACAUGGCCAUAAGAGAAUUGUGGUACUGAAAAAUGAUAUGAAAACUCGUUUUAGCUCACCUAGUUUUCCCCUUGCUGAUCAUGUGGAUGAUCAUGGAAAUCAACUUGAUGACCAUAAUGGACAUAUUAUGGAGACCCCAGGAUCAACUUCAUCAAUGGAAUUAAGUCUAGGAACACCUAGCAAUGCUCCUAAUCAAACUGAGCAAGAACUUCUUUGCCUCACAAAUACAUCUCCUGUUGACCUCUUGUGUGAGCCAGUUCCUUCCUGCUUACCAUCUCCCCAGCUGAGACCUGAUCCAGUGGUUCUUGAGUCUGCUGACCUAAUUCAGUUUGAGGAACGUCCUGUACCUCUCUCUGAGAUGAUGAUUUUAACAGAAGAAGAAAAACAAAAAAUUGUUACCACAGCUCAAGAGAAAUUGACCUCUGGUUCUGUGGCAUCUAGCACUGCAGAGAAUACUUCAGUGCCUCCCCGUCACUCCUCUGAAACACAACUAAACAAGGAAGCAAUGGACAGCCCAGCCAAAAAGCAACACAAAAACAAGGUGAAAUUGGCAGCAAACUUCUCACUUGCACCUGUAACAAAGCUUUAACUCUUUCUUUGAGUGUGGAAACAAACACCUAAGAACUCUGCACAAAGUCAAGCUAUUUGCUAGCCCUCAUGUAUUUUAACGAAAGGCCUAGAAGAAUCAGUUUGUAUUUAAGUGUGUUCUGUGAAGAUUUUGUUCCUCUUACACUGAACGCAGCUACUAGCAGAGUGGAAUUUUUUCUAUUAUUUUGAAAAAAAAAAUCCAGCAUUCAUUAAAUUAUUCUUAAAUUUUACAGUUUUUCAUAAAUGUGUGUUCAGUAAGAGCAAAACAUGAAUUGAACUAAAAUGGAACAGAUUUUAUUUUCCUUAAGCCUCGUUGGUGGUGUAAUCAUACAUGUAGCAUAUUACACUCUAUAGGCUGUUGCUUACUGGUAUUGUUUCAGACAGUAUUAAUGCAUGAUCUGUCUUUCAAAAGCCUGUUAAGAAGUUUUAACUUGCUGACCUGCAGUGACAAGAGUGAUGGAGUUGAUUGUCCUCCAGGGGAGAAAUGUGUUCUCUGCCCUUUCAGAUGACUGGUAGCUGCAUUGUAAGUCCUGGGUUAAAGAUGUCUGUAGAAGAUUAUGUGGACUCUUUUGUAAAAACUUGUUUUAAAUAUUUUCUGUAUUUCUCAGUUCCAUUUAGGAGCUUCCUAGGACACUGAUGUUUUAAGCUUCCCUUUUAUGUUUAGUUCCUGUCUGGCAUGGAUUUGGUUAAGGAAAAGACUGUCUUGGUGUCAUGAGUUUGAGAUACAGACACACAUUUUAUUGUGUCUAGUAAUGAAGUUAAGAUGAUUCUGAUAUUUCUGAAAUAUGCAUUGAAUGCAUAAAUGACAGAUAGUGGAGCAGGUCCUGUUAAAAUGUCUUGUGCUGGAAGGUAUUGAUGCUAUUUUCACCUGUAAGGAAAGUUCUAACUACACGUGGAAAAUCUAAGGUUGUUCUGCUUAACCUUGUUUUCAAUUUUUAAGCAUCUUUUGUAAAUGGGAAGCUUAUUCUUCAGUGUGCAUCUUUUAGCUGUGUCUGUUUUUAUUCUAAAACUUACUCCUUGUGUUGGAAGCUUUUUUCAAUUUGUGGUAUCUUGUGUUGGCGUUUCAAAGGGCCAGAUUUGGAAGAGAGAUUAAGCCAGUGGAUGACCUCAACUCUAGUUAGCAGUGUGUGAGACUUCAUACCCAUACCGGGUAACCAUGGCAUUUACAAUGGGUUGUAUUUGCCAGGCAGCAAAUAAAUUGCUUGAUGUAUUGAAAGAACCUAUACCAGAGGGAUCCCACUGGCCAACUUGGUUUUUUUUUUAAGAUGGAUUCUAUUGUAAUAUGUAAGGAAUGAACAUGGGCUCUAAUUUUUCAGCCAACAACAGGAAAUGCCACUGAAUAUAAUGGCUAUAGACAGAAUUUUACUAGUUGGAUUUUGUUAUAAAAUCUUUUAAAUUUAGACUCAUUACCUGUAGUAAAUUUAUAGCCAUUGUGAAUGCAGAGAAACACUUGGAAGUUUUUCUGAGCAUUGUGGCACAGUAUCUGGGUCCUUAGUAAAUCUCUGCAGACAUCCUGCUGUAGAAAGUGAAAUUUACAAGUAAGCUUUCUUGGAAUGCUUUUAAUAAGUUUGAGUUAAAUGCAAGAAUAUCUGCUUUCACCUUACGUUUGAUAAAGUUGAUGCUGAGCACUUAAAUUUUUGUUUCAGGUGAACAUAGGUUGGAGAAAAAUAUUUUCAUAAAUUGCAGCUCCAAGUUACCUAAGAUACUGAAGAACCAGUUCUUUGGUGCUUCAGGGAAUAAGAUGAUAUUUGUCAAAGUGAGUCUGGUUGUUAAACCAUUUAUGGAGGUCAGCAUUAUCUUUUCUGGGUUUAUGUGAUUCUGAUGAAAUUGCUGUUUGAAAGUAAUAGAAUAAUACUUUUGAGAAGUUGUGUUCAUAGUGUAACAAAAUAGCUAUUUGAAUUGCAAUAUAUUUUUUUAUCCAAAGGGUUAAAUGAAUGAUGUGACUUACAGAUUUAAAAGUAUUACAACCAUGAAGUUCUUUAACAAUUAAAUGUACUGCUUCAAAUUCAUGUCUGUUUAAAAAAAGAGAAAAAUGUCACUGAAGCCCUCAGUUUAUGCACUAUCUUUUCUUGGAGUGGGAGGGAGAAAUUCUUUUCUUAGCUGUCUACUUUGUUUGGACACUUUAUUUUGUGGCUCAAGUGCUGUUUUGUGUGUUGGGACCAAACAAGUUGUGUCAAUAAAAUUUUCAAGCAAGCAUAA